GUGCGUCGCAACGUCCAGCCUGUCCAAACGCCGUUGGUGUGUGCGGGUGCGGAAGUGGUGAAUUUGCGUUAUCACACCUACAGUGCAUCUAUACGUCAUCAGUGAAGUGUAAAGUGUAUAAAGUUAGUUUGACCCAAAUUUACUUUUUAUAGGAUUAUAAAUGUUAAAUGGUGUAAAAAUAUAUUGGUAAACCCAAAUUUUUGUGACAGUCACAGUGCUGUGUUGGUGUAGUGUGGGCCGGGCAGGCAUGUGAAAAUGUGCGUUCCCUUUGCCUUUGGGACGGGCGUUGCCCUUAUUGCUGCCCUCCUCACCGCAGCCGACCAAGCCAUCAUGGGCCACUCUGCUGACUCUACGGAAAUAGUUCCGUCACUGAACGAGCUCGAGGCCUCCUUCCCUCCUGUAGCUCCUCCCAGGUUUCUCACAGAGAACUCUAGUGUAAUCACCGCACAGACAGGCAGUACUGCCCUGGUACCCUGCCAGGUCCACAACAUUGGAGAUGGAAUGGUUUCCUGGAUCAGGAGGAAAGACUAUCAUCUUCUGACAGUUGGCCUGACUACCUACACGGGUGACGAGAGGUACCAGGCUAUACACGUCCAGAACUCCGAGGACUGGACGUUACAAAUUAAAUUUGUACAGCAGCGAGAUGCUGGUCUUUACGAAUGUCAAGUGUCCUCACAUCCUCCAAUCAGUAUUUUUAUAGAACUUAAAGUUGUGGAGGCCCGAGCUGAGAUCUCUGGACCGUCAGAGAAGUACCUCAAGCUUGGUUCACUCCUAAGACUAGUCUGCACGCUUCGACAGUCACCGGAGCCUCCAGUCUAUGUCUUCUGGUAUCACAACAACCGGAUGGUCAACUACGACGAUGACCGUGGCAUCAACGUGACGUCAGAGCUGGCUGCCAAGAGUAGUCAGCUGGUGAUACAGCAGGCAGCCAGGGACCACUCAGGGAACUAUUCCUGUGUCCCCAACAACGCCCAGCCUGCUAGCACGGUCGUGCACAUACUCAAUGGGGAGAACCCUGCAGCAAUGCAGACGGGUGGUCGAGGCCUCUCCUGGCUUCACUGUCCUUCUCUUCUGCUGCUAAUAGCAUCACUGGUAGCCUCGUCGUCGUCGUUAUCAAGCAGACCCUGUGUCCUUAUAACAACAAGCAACGACCUGUAGUGCGUUAUGUGAUGGUGAAUCGAGCUACGAAACAAACAUAAACGUCAUAGGAACCAUCCCAGAACAGACAUUUGCCCACUACUUAUGGCUAUACGUGACGUGGUUGUUCCGAAACAGCCAUGUUCUCACUACUAAUGGAGGUUGUUAUUUUCAUAUUCAAACUGUUUAGAAAUUACAUGUGGUCAUCUGUGAUAACUUAAAGGUUGCAAGUUGGGAGUAUUGCGUGUAUAUUAUGAUGAUUAUUUUUAGACUGUUUCAAUUUUAAUAAAAUUGUAAUGUGGUUUAAAAUUUCUUGCGUUUAGAUACAAUCAAAAUGCUAAUUAUAAUCGGCAAACAAUAGAACCAACGUAGGUUUAUGUUCAUGAUGGUUUAGUUUAAUUGUUUGAAGAAUAAAUGGAGGAUAAAUAUCACAAACAUCAACUCUUAUAAGUAGAUAUUGAUUCAUUUUGCCAUAAAGAGGCCAGUAUGUAGAAUAUGAAGCGUUCUUUUUUAUUGUGAAAUUAAAUUUGUAUAAGACUGCUUGACAUUUUGUAAACAACGUUUAUCAACUUUUAAAAAUGUAAUAAAACAUGUAUGAAAACCUGUAUAAAUCAUCGUUCUGUAAAUGUAUUAUUAUAUAUACAUAUAAAGUACGAGUAAUAUUUUAUACUACUCACAAAUAUAAGACGUAUGCUGUCAUACACUGUUAUUUUCAUGGUCUAUUUAACUUGGUUUCAGUCUUAAACAAAAACCCUAAAGAAAUUCCCCCUUAUAAUUAGAUUCUUCGGAAAAGUAUGUUAACAUUUAUGUUAAAUUCAAGUUUAUACCAGGUUGAAAUAGUCUACUUUAUUUUACAUGUGACGUAGUUUUAGAUAAAGAUAAACCUAUACAAUGUGGAUUAUUAAAUGUAUCGAAAACUUAUCAAAAUAUUUCUACAGGGUGUUUUAAAGUUUGUAAAUAUUCCUGUGCUUCGUUCAUCAACGAUCGAAAUAAUAUGCUCAAUAUUAUUUUAAGUUGUAUAAAAGCACGUCACUGAAUAGAAAUAUGUCGUUGUAAUGGGGUUAUUUUCAUAAUUAUAGGUAAUAUUCUUUUUAAAUUGUACUCCUCUAAAACGCAAAGUAAAAUAAUUAAUAUAGAGAUCUUUUAAAGUGUCACGAUCACUUGCAGCUCGUGACUCCUAAGCUGGCACUUGGCGGGAGGAGGGAGGACGUAGGGAAAAGACCGGACUGCAAACAUUUCAUCUGCCUCACGGGGUUGACUCCCCUUGUAUUAUGUACUUGAGCGCUUUCAGAUGGGUCGCGAGGACAGUUGAUGCAACGCGCAUAACGGGACAUAAUGUUUUUGAAAUAGGUACUA